CAAUUGCCAAAAGCCAAAAGCAAAAGACGAAAGAGAAAGUGACAUUAUAGUGCAAAUGCAACUUUUAUUUUUAAUAUCAGAUAUCAGAUUAUUAUACGGACGUUGUCUUCAUGAACAGUUUUGCAUUACGGUUAAAGUAUAAUAAAGGAAAAUGAAUUUAGCUAAAUCUUUGUUCAGUUCAAGAGACCACGUAGGCUAUGUUGGUCGCGAAGAUCACGAACGUAAAAUAAGUGCAUCAUUAGCGGACGAUGACCCAGAAGAUGUAAUUGAUGCUAUACGUGGAUUAAAUCUCGCUGAUGAAUUGCUUCCAGCGCCAGGUGGACCUUUUUCCUCCCUUACACAAAGUAUGGUACCUCAAGAUAUUAUGGCAAAACUAGCACAACCCGAGUCUGAAGGUCAAGGUGGUCUUCCGGAUUACCGAUUCGAUGAAUUUGGUUUUUGCGUGGACGAUGAAGAAGGAUCGGAAGUAUCAGAUAAAUUAACGUCAAAUGUUGUUCAAGAAGAAGACCACCAUCGUCUUCAAUGGGAGUUUUAUAGCAAAGAAAUAAGUUUUUCCGAGAGUGAAGGUAAAUUUUCAAAAUCUGAAAAAUUACAACAAAUGGUAAAGGAUGGUGUCCCCCAUAUGUUACGUCCACAAGUAUGGAUGCAUCUUUGUGGUGCAAAUAAAAAAAGGGCGACUACAGAAAUUACAUAUCAUGAAAUAGUAAGAGCAUCUAGUGAUGACGGAUUAGUGACUAGUAAACAAAUUGAAAAGGACUUGGUCCAAAUUUUGCCUAACAAUGUGUGCUUUUCACAUCCAACUAGUACAGGAGUGCCUAGACUUCGUCGAAUUCUCAGAGCAUUAGCUUGGCUCUAUCCAGACAUUGGCUAUUGUCAGGGAACUGGUAUGAUUGCUGCAUCUCUUUUACUGCUGAUGGAGGAAGAGGAAGCAUUUUGGAUAAUGUGUACUACUGUUGAAGAUCUAUUACCCGCAUCUUACUAUUCAUCUACAUUAAUUGGCAUACAAGCAGAUCAAAAGGUACUGAGAAGUUUAAUCUCCACAUAUCUUCCUGGUAUAGAUCAAGUCCUCAAUGCACAUGACAUAGAACUUUCUCUUAUAACUAUGCAUUGGUUUUUAACCCUUUAUGCUAAUGUAGUUCAUAUGAAAAUUUUACUAAGAAUAUGGGACCUGUUCUUUUUUGAAGGAUCUAUAGUACUUUUUAAAGUUACUCUUGCUAUGCUAAAAAUAAAGGAAAAUAGAUUUACAGAGAUUUCAAAUUCUGCUCAAAUAUUCAAUGCCUUAUCUGAUAUACCCGGUGAAAUUGAUGAUGUAAAUUUGCUUGUAAAGACAAUUGAUGAAGUUUGUGGUGACACAUUAAGCCCUGCCUUAAUUGAAACACAUAGAAGAAGACAUUUGGCAUAUCUUAUGGCUGACCAAGGAGCUUUAGUUGGUAACCCUGGUGCAGUCCCCAACUUACCAAAACAGCAUCUUCAAAGGAGACAGAUAAAAAGAAGCAAAUCAGUAAUACAAACUAUAUUAUUUGGUGAUGAUAGUAAUAAUGAAGAUGCUGUAUCUAAAAAUGUAAAGCAGACUGAAAUUCUUGUAGACCUUAGAGAAGCCAUUUUACAGGUGGCACGUCAUUUCUUAACCCUAGAGCCUCAACUGCAAUCUGAAGUUCAAUUAACAGCAGACUAUACAAUGCAAAGCCAUGCUGCAGAUAGAGAAAGAUAUGUAAAUGUAUCACGAAGUAAGAGAAGACGGGCAAAGGCAUUGUUAGACUUUGAAAGAAGGGAUGGUGAUGAAUUAGGCUUUAGGAAGAAUGAUGUAAUUGAGGUAAUUAGUUCUAGAGAUGAACACUGCUGGAUUGGAGAGCUUAAUGGCCUAAGGGGUUGGUUUCCAGCCAGAUUUGUGACAUUUUUAGAUGAGAAGGGUGUUAAAUACAGCAGAGCCGGUGAUGACUCUAUAACAGAAAAAGCUGCACAUUUGGUAAGAGGUGUUUUGGCACCUGCUUUCAAAAGAGUUUUAUUACAUGGAAUUAAGAAACCAAGUUUCUUAGAUGGACCCUGUCACCCUUGGUUAUUUAUUGAAGAGGCAUCUUCCAGAGAGGUUGAAAAAGAUUUUAAUUCAGUUUACAGUCGCUUAGUCUUGUGCAAAACAUAUCGCCUGGAUGAAGAAGGCAAGGUUCUGACACCAGAAGAGUUGUUGUACAGAUGUGUUCAGGCUAUUAACUUGUCCCAUGAUAAUGCUCAUGCUCAAAUGGAUGUUAAACUAAGGACUCUAAUUUGCAUGGGAUUAAAUGAAGAAGCCUUGCACUUAUGGCUUGAAGUUUUAUGCUCUUGUGUAGAUGUUGUCCAAAAAUGGUAUCAUCCUUGGUCUUUUAUAAAUUCACCAGGAUGGGUUCAAAUAAAAUGUGAACUAAGAAUACUUUCUCAAUUUGGUUUUAAUUUGAACCCUGAAUGGGAACUGCCAUUGAAGAAAGAUACACAAAACCAGCCUUUGAAGGAAGGUGUUAGAGAUAUGCUAGUAAAACAUCAUUUAUUCUCAUGGGAUUUGUAAAUACAUAUAACCUAUUUUUUUUUAUUUUGCUAAACAAUUUCUGUUCAGUCAAAGGCAGUCAAUUUUAAGGACUGAAAAGGUGACUUCUUUCAUUUAUUUGAUCUCAAUAAAACACCAAAUAUUGUGAUCCC